AGUUGUGAGGCGAUAUCGGAGAAGGUCGUGUCGGAUUAGCUCCCGUCCCAACAUUGCCCGGAUCUCAGAUUACAUCGCAACCCACAACUGACCUAGCAUGGCCUCUUCGACGGGAGCGAACGGAUCGUCGAAUCAAGCUAGGGGCUCGGGAUCGAGUCCCCAGGAUUAUGUCGUCCGGAUACCGAAGACAACAAAAAGACGAUUCCACGUCAUGCGAUUCCUUCAGAGUCGACAACAGACCGUUUCAGAAUGGACUCAGGUACGAAUGGAACGGGAGAACAACAUGAAAGAGUACCGAACAGAAACUGAUGAGCUCCCAAAACACGGAGCUGGAUCUGAAUACGGUCGAGACCUGAAGGAGGAAGCCCGUCGCAAGAAGUUCGGAAUCGUCCGGAAGAAAUACAACCCGGACGAUCAGCCUUGGAUGCUGAAUGUUGGUGGAAAACAUGGGAAGAAGUUUAAAGGUGUUCGUGAGGGUGGUGUCAUGGCCAACGCGUCGUAUUACGUUUUUUCAAAAGCGCCUGACGGCAUUUUCGAGGCAUACCCCGUAGACGAGUGGUACAAUUUCACUCCCGUCCAGAGAUUCAAGGCCCUGACAGCCGAAGAAGCCGAGGACGCAUUCAGCCAGAGAGACAGAAUCAUCAAUCAUUUCGCUAUCAUGAUCAAUAAGAGGAUGGCCGAGGCUCAGGGCCAAACAGUUGAGGAGGAGAAGGAAGAAAAGACCUCUUCAAAGAAAAGCCGAGCGAGCCUCCAGAUAUCGGACAUGGACGAAUGGGUGGGUGAUUCUGAUUUCUCGGCGGGGAGUGAGGAAGAGGAAGAUACGGAGCGCAAGAAGAAGAAACGUAAGAACGAGAAGAAGAAGGACAAGAAGAACCAGGAAAGCGAUUCGUCAGCCAAAGAAGAGUCUGAUGAAGGAGACUUCGAUGAUCGCGAAGUCGAUUACAUGACCUCCGGCUCGGGUUCCUCCGAUGAAGAGCCCGAAGACGCGAAGGCCAACAAACAGUUGAAGGGCGUCGAAGACGAGGACGCACUCCGUCAGCUGGUGCUCUCAGACGAGGAAGAGGAAGACGAAGAGCAAAAGAAAGAGGAAGGGGAGGAGGACAACAAGAAUGGAGAGGACGACAAGAACGCCGCUUCCAAGGACGGCGCGAACAAAGACGAAAAAGAGAAGAAAUCGAAGAGUUCGGACGAGAGCUCGUCAGAGAGCUCGGAUUCGGAUCUGGACGAUCAAAUUGGAAACAGCGCUUUGUUCAUGCAGGGCAAGAAGAAAGACGGUAACGGGUCACGAUCUGGAACACCGACGAAGGAAGUUGCGGGCAAGAAAGGCAAGGCGGCCGCCGCGAAACGUAAGAAGGAAAGCACGCCUACCAAAGAAGGUGCCCUCUCGACCGCCGCAGGCACCAGUGCGACGGAUACCCCUGCUCCGAAGAAACCCAAGAUAGAAUUGAAUCUCGGGGGCAGCGCGAGCAACAUGCCGGCCGGUACCUUAGCAGCUCAGCAGAGCCCACCAUUAUCGCAGAUCGAUGGCAUCAACGAGGAGUCCAUCAGGAGGUACCUGAUGCGAAAACCGAUGACGACGACCGAACUUCUGCAAAAGUUCAAAUCCAAAAAGACCGGCUUAUCGUCACAACAACUCGUCGACAUGAUCGCACAGAUUCUGAAGCGUCUGAACCCCGAGAAGCAGAAGAUCAACGAGAAGCUUUACCUUUCGAUAAAGCAGUGAAUAAUAUCGCCGACACCUCUGGAAGCGCCAUCGCCAUUAGUUAUCAUCCUGGAGCACCUUGAAUUUUCCUCCCAUGUUCGACCGAUCGGAAGAGACGGUUCACGAAGAAGAACCGGAGUUCCUGGGAUGCGUAGGAGAAGAGAUGACAGUCGCCCGCCGAGUAGAGUGAUUCUUUGUAGCAGCAGAGUAAUUUCGGUAGGCUCGGCUCGAGGCACUGUCCGGAGAAACUUCGCAUCGGAACUCUCAACCUCUGAUGGGGGGCACUCCAUCAGGAGGCGCGGUAAGACCGCUCGCCACUUAUAGGAUGCCCCAUCUGUUUAUAAUACUGUAUAUUGCGUUUUUGAUCAACUUCGAAUGCGAUAUAAA